AUGCGAGAUGACUACCAAUUCUGCAAUUACUGGAUUGAAGCUCCUGAAGGAAAAAGAAUUGAAGUUAAGAUCAACGCGAUUUCACACGGCUAUGAUCACGAGGGCUGCGUUUUAGGGGGUGUUGAAAUUAAAUCCAGUGAGGACCAACGCGCACUGGCUGUCGUUCUUGUUUCGGCCACAAAUCGUAUGCCUGUGAUCAUGUUCAAUAGAUCCGGUGAACAGCAAAUCAUUCUAGAGUACAAAAUCGUAUCAUGA